AAUUAGGCCUAAGUAUCAGUACUCUUGUCCAAGGUUAGAUGAGAAUAGAAGACAUGAUUACUACUGGCACAUUAAGAUGUUAUUAUCGAUUCUAACUUAAUAGCUUACGGUGAUCAGAGUCCUGUCAAAAAAAUGUUACAUGCUCCAACAAUGAAACUUUAUGUUGUAAAAGAAGUAAUUCAAUAAAUUGAUAUUUAGGAACCAUUACACAACAAGGAAAUUCGUAAAAACUUAAAAGACUGGAUCUCCUUUUGGUAGAACAAAUUUGCUAAUUCAAAUUUACAUGUAUAAGUAUAUGCUACUUUUUGGAAUACUCCUGAAGGAUAUGUAUCUAUUGUUAUGGAAUAUAUGAAUGGUGGUUCAUUAUAAGUAAACAUUAAUUUCUAAUUCCUAGAAUCUUUUAGAAAGUAUGGGUUUUCUUCCAGAGAGAAGUAUCAAAUAGCUUGUUCCACCUAUUCUAUAAGGAUUAUAAAAAAUCCAUUAAUAAGGAGCUUAAUGUCAUGGUGCACUUGGACCAUCAUAAAUACUUUUCCUUAGAGAUGGUUCUGUUAAACUUGGGCAAGGUUUGUAAUAUAGAGUUUAAGUCUAAGGAAAUCNGUAAGGAAGAGAUGAUUGUAAUAUUGGAUAUAUUUAUAGAUAGAAGUUAUUAGGCAUGA